CUCUUCACCUGCCUGGCCAGCGGAUAAUUGAGGAAUGUGAUAACAGUAGCAAGCACGGCAGAAAGUUUCAGGUGUACAGGGGCAGGUGGAAAUUUUUUUAAGUAGGUCAAGGACAACGACCUUCUUAUCUCUGACUAGUUCCACCAUCUCGUACUGCUAAUCAAAAUGUCUGAAGAAUACAUUUUUGUCUGUUGGCCCUAACUAGACACAUUCUCUAACUUCACCAUCUUGUCAGUGUGGGCAUCUCAGAUUUCCCAAAUACUCUCACGCAUCUGAAGUCCCGUUAACAAAGCUCUUCAGCCAUUGCCACCAAAGCCGGCUUGACUACAGAGAUAUGAUUGGACACUGAGGAUAAGAAGCCAAGGAUUUUGACUGGUGAUAACAGUGUCGGUGAUAGUGGAGUGCAUCAGAGACAGGGUCAGUCGACUUGUACACACACUGACUUGUGCUACUGCUUGCCACCCUUACCUUUGUAUCCACCCUGGCUAGUCAACUUGUACACACACUGACUUGUACUACUGAUUGCCGCCCUUAAUUCUGUGUCCACCCGAGUUAACCCGGGUGAAGCUACAGAAGGUGCCAUGGGAGGAUGGAGAUUAGGAUUAAGUCUGAUUUCUUGGAUCACAGCAGCAGGUGUUGUCACAGGUAGUCAAUGUCGACUUCAAGACCCUCCCCAGAUAGUAGCACUCUAUGAUGAGCAGUACUUGCAGUAUCCGAACGACUCCACCAGUUAUCCCAACAACGCUGACUGCGGCUGGCUCCUCCACACUAUGUACUAUGAUUACGUUGUGCACGUGACUUUCACGUUCCUUGACGUACACGCAUCCAGCAGCGAUUGCGCCGACGACUAUGUUCAAGUCUUUGACGGGUCAAACAGUUCUUACAGUCUGGGCAGACUGUGUGGGUCGACUGUGGGUGAGUUCUACAGCUCGGCCAAGUAUUUGCUCAUCACGUUUCACAGCGACAGCAGUACAACGAGAGGAGGAUUCCGACUCAGAUAUGGAGCUGUUGCCAGCUGGGAGGUACCCGCAACUUCCGAGAACAAGUGUCCUUUCAAAGCUACGCAACCAAUUGGAGUGAUCGCUGCUGAGCAGUUUUUACAGUACCCGGUUAACUCUGUCAACUACCCUGAUAAUGCUGACUGUGGCUGGCUCCUUGAGGCUGGUAGUAACAACUACGUGGUGCACGUGAAUUUCACGUUUGUCGACGUAGAGGAUUCCGUCAGCGGUUGUCCUUAUGACUAUCUUAAAGUCUUCGACGGACCCAAUGACGAGGCCAGGAGUCUGGGUACAUUUUGUGGAUCCAGACUUCUUCAGUUUCAAAGCUCACUGAGGUCUCUGUACAUCACGUUUCACAGCGAUACCAAGGGAACGCGAGCGGGGUUCCGGCUGACAUACCAGGCUCUUGGCAGGUGGGGCGAAGAACCAACUGCAGAUGGCUCGUGUUCUCUGUACACGCCAUCCCUCAUGGCUGUGAGCAGCGCUGACCAGUUCAUCCAAUAUCCUUCUUCCUCCUUGAAGGAUUCUAGAGGCGGUGACUGUGGAUGGCUCCUUGAGACGGAUAUCGCUGACUACGUCAUGCACGUGAAUCUCUCGCUCGUGAACAUCGAGGCGCCAAGCAACAGCUGUGUCUCUGACUACAUUGAGGUCUUUGACGGGUCUGAUGACGAUGCUGUUAGCCUUGGCAUAGUGUGCGGGUCAAGAGGUCAUGGGUUUUACAGCUCAGGCCAGUCUAUCUACAUCAGGUUUCACAGCAACAUUGGGGGCAGCCAGCUUCGACUGUCAUACCGAGCUGUGGCUAACUACAAAGCUCCAGAUGAAGGCAGCGAUGUCAAUAUUGCUGGUAUUGCUGGUGGUGUCCUUGGUGGUGUUGCCCUCCUUGCUAUUGUCGUUGCGACCGUUGUUGUGGUUUUUAUACGACAACAAUGCCACCUGUCGACAAGAAAUAACCCCACCAACAGGAGAAACAACCGAACAGCAGUAUGAACACAGGUGCAAAGAGGUCAGGAAAAUCGUUCCUUCAGCAUGUAGGCAAGUUCAGUACAUUACAGCUGUGCUGCUGACACUUGUUCAAUUCCACAUGGACUGUCGAGAUCACAGUUCUGCAACAUUGUCUACAGUUUUCAAUAUUUUCUAGUGUCGUCAGCAUGUCCUAAUGUCAUCAACAUGUCUUCUGUCAUCAACAUUUCCUACUGUCAUCAACAAGUCCUACUGUCAUCAACAAGUCCUGCUGACGUUGACAAACUUGAUUUAAAGAUGAUACCGUGCAAGAAUGCCAGUCAGCUGGAUCCCAGUGUUGUGCCGUUUUGCAAUGCACCUCCUCACAAAACAUUGCCUUUCAUUUUGCUUAUAUGAACAAACUUCAUGUAAACCCUUUCGAGUGGUAAUUGGGUCAGGUAUGCUAUAAGAUUGAAGUACACUUUAAAAGUUGUCUUAAUGAAUGUGAAAACAGAUCAAUUCUGCUGCUCUAAAGCGAAAUACUUCUGCAGAGUUGUCAGGUUCUAAUGAAGUUUUUGUACUAGGAAGACAUACUUUUGUGGUUUACUUUUAUCUUUGUUUAAUAUCGUCUUCAGUAUUUAGUCACUGUUCCGUGUGGUGUAUUCAACACCUUUUUAAGUUCAGUAAGUUGUGUAUGUUGAAGAAAGGGACUUUACAAAUAAAUAAAGUCUUUUACAAAUGAAAUAAAUAAUUAAUAAAUAAUUAAAAACACAGACA